GAACGUUGGAAGUCCUUUCCAUUUUCUUUAACGAGCAGCCCUGGUUCGUGGAAGCUUUAGAAUAUGUGGCCCUGGGAAUCGAAAGUACGCUUCCUAUGUCUCAAGGUUGGCAAAAUUUUAAACAACAAUCCGUUGAAGGAUUCAGUAUUUUGGUCCUUCUCACCUGGUUUGGCAGUGAUUCAUUUAAGACCUACUACUACAUAAGCACGAAUGCACCGCUUCAAUUUCCUGUUUGCGGUCUUAUCGAAUUGUCAGUUGAUACUAUUAUUGUUCUACAAUUCAUUAUUUUCAAUCAUAGGAUGAGAGAAUUUUUUGAACUCGAAGUUUCUAACCCACGAGAUAUGUAUUUACCAUUCUGA